AUGAUGGCUCGCAUUCCUCGAGCGCUGACACUUCUUGCGGGCUUUUUUGGUGUCACCACAGCGCAAACAUUAUGGCCAUUGCAGACAUACAAAAGCUCCUCAAUUGAGACCCCAUAUCUCAAUGUCACAAAGAUGGGCCAGACGGAGCCUGGAUACCUCUUUAUCUCACCACAUGAUAUAUUGCGAGGUAACGGGUACCCUACUAUCUAUUCCGACGACGGGCAGCUAGUGUGGCAGGGACAAGAAGGCAACUACUCAGCCCUUCAACCCCAGAAGCUGAAUGGUGAAUCAGUCAUUGUCUACUGGGAAGGAUUCGUCGCUGAAGGCUUUGGCUUCGGACACAUUAGUAUCUUGAACAGCUCAUAUGACGAGAUUCACCGGGUGACUGUUGAUUGUAAGGCUGAGAAUUUUGUGACCUCAUACGGCUCAGAGUCUUUCAGCUCUUGCAUUGAUAUUCAUGAGAGCCAGCUCACGGAUGAUGGAACAAUCUUGGUGACUGCCGUCAACGUCACGCAGGCUGAUCUGAGUUCCGUCGGUGGACCCAAAGACGGCUGGAUUCAAGAUGGCCUGGUCUAUGAGAUUGAUAUCAAGACCAACGAAAUUCUGUUCCGUUGGAGCGCAUAUGAGCAUAUCAACGAGCUUCCUAUGAGCAACGAUAUCGCACCGCUCGGCGCAACUGGUGCCGGCUCUGGUGCUAACCAAACUGACCCGUGGGGAUAUCCUCACCUCAACUCAAUUGCCAAGUAUGGUGACUCUUACCUUGUGUCAUCUCGCUAUAUGUGCAGUCUCUUUUUCCUGGCUCCCAAUGGUACUAUUACAUGGCACCUUCACGGCCGCACCGGUGGAGACUUCAACUUGAGUCUAGACACCAGCUUCUGCUACCAGCACGAUGCGCGUUUCGAGUCACAGAGCGCCGAGCGCGUGACGAUUGGCCUCCACAACAACGACAACACCGAGUUCACAGGAAGCUCAUCAUUGACCACGGGCAUGGUAUUGGAGCUUGAACUUCAAGGCUCGAAACAAGUCACUCUCAAGCGCCGAACUUGGGAUGCUGCUGAGCCUGUGUAUGCUCAGUCGCAAGGUAGCUACCAGCCGCUCGGUAACGGUCACAUCCUGCAGGACCAUGGUGCUACGCCGAAGAUCGAGGAAUUCGAUGAAAAUGGCAGCAUUGUGAUGCGUGCCCGCUUUGGCUAUGACAAUACCAUGCAGACAUACCGUGCUUACCGAUACCCCUGGGUUGGUCAGCCUUCUACAAAGCCGGAUGUAGUGGCUUGCCCGUCCAGCAAUGGUGAUAAGUCUACUGUGUAUGUGAGCUGGAAUGGUGCAACAGAUGUGCAAUCGUGGAAGAUCCAUUCAGACUCCGAAGUCAAGAGUUCCGCUGUGCGCAAUGGGUUCGAAACUGUCAUUGUCGUUGACUCGCUUCGUAAGGGUGACUCGUUGAUUGUUGAGGCUGUUGGCGGUGUUGGCGAUGGUACAAGGUCUGAGUCCGUGACUGUGGGCCACGGCUGUUAG